AUGGGCGAUACAUUUGAAGUUUUAUUAGAAGAGGAUAAACUUAAGAUGAAAAAUUUAUGUGAGAGUACAUUCCACUACUUACGUCGAAGAUUGAAAAAUGCGAGGAUUUUCAGCUUAAUAAAAGAGGCACUUGAAAAUGAAUUUGAAGUUGAUUUACCAAGUAAAAACGAACUCUAUGAAGCUGUUCCAAAAUGGAUAAAUGAAAAGCAAAAAUCACAAUUAUCGCCUGACUCUAUCUUUGAAGAUAAAAUGCAAAAUCAACUUGUAUCUACCGACUCUGACUCUGCUUCUAGAGAUGGAAUACAGAAACAACAAGUAUCUUUAAGUCUUACUCCUACUGAAGAAAACCAAGAGAGCUCUUCAAUCACUGAAUUUACUAUAUUAAGUUAUACUAAUGAUAAUGAGGAUGUUGAUGUUAUAUCUAUUUAUUCAGCUACCGUAAGACCUUGA